CGCCAGGCUUGUCAAGUUUGAUCGUCGCGCACACUCUUGCUCUAAAAACAAGACAAGUUCCAAGAUGUUCUACACGGCUUCUAUCGUCGCUCUGGCUGCCCUCUCACUCUGCAUAGUGUACAGGAACAGGGUAUAUGCGGCAUAUGCAUCGUUGAAGUUCCUUGUCAAUGGCAGACGUAUGCUGAUUGAGGCUGCCGAGAAGCACAAAGAUGCACCCUUCUCAAUGCUCAUUCCUGGAAACAGGCUGCACGUCGUUUCUAGCAAAGAGCAUUGGAACGACCUCAAUAGUACGAGCAUCAACCAUCUCUCGAGCCAUGCCUGGUCGAAGCAGCACUUCCAGCCCAAGUAUACCUUUGGUUACGAAUGGGCUGACCGAAGGGAUGUGGAUGGCAUGCCCGUUGUUCGUGCUGUCAGAACAAUGACCAAUCGGUUCCCAGAACUAAAGCAGAAGUUCAUUGGCAUAAUGAGCGAAGAGCUAGACCAAGCGUUCAAGGCAAAUAUACUUUCCAACGGCUCCAGUAAGAUACCACUGUGGGAUACGGUUAAGCACUUUGGCUCUAGGAUAAACAUGCUCAUGAUGUUUGGAGAAGAUGUGGCAAACAAUCCUUUUACCGUGGAUCGAGGCUUGAAAUAUAUUGACGAGACGACGUUGGUGGGAGAAGCCGCGAAAAAUCUCCCUACCUGGCUGAUUCCUAUUGCCGCAUGGUUGAUCAGAGGGAACAAUGAGAACCAAAAGCAUAUAUUGGACACGAUUGCAAGCGAGACUCAGAAGUACUAUGAUGCCUUGGCGUUCACUCCUGAAAAUGCUCACCGUAAGCCGAAGUCGAUUUUGGAGGCCCUCGUUCAGAAUCUCCCAGAAGAAAAGUAUGGCGGGCGUAUAAGAUUCGAUAUGAAUACAACCUUCAUAUCUUCGACGACGGCAACCCCAAUCAUGGCCACUCAGCUUCUCGAAGACAUCUAUACACAUCCGGAAUAUCUUCCAGCGCUACGAGAGGAGGUCAAAGGAGUUCUCGAUGAUCCUUCCGCUAACAUGACCAACCUACCGCUGCUGGAAAGCUUUCUGGUAGAGUCUAUCAGGACUCACUGCUUUCUAGCUACCGUAAUACACAGAGUCCCAUUGCGAUCAUACACGUUCUCCGACGGCUAUACUGUCCCAGCGGGCGAAAUCGUGGAGUUUUAUCAGCACAAGGUGAUGAGCGACAACUCAAUAUACCGUGACGCCAAGAAAUUCGACCCAGAACGUUUCAAGGGGACUGGGAAAACAUCUUGCGAUAUGGGCAUGGAAUGGCCAUUCUGGGGCAAUUCCAAAUUGGCGUGCCCUGGGCGGUUCCACGUUACCAACGUCGCGAAAUUGAUCGCGGUUUACUUCGUCAUGAACUAUGACGCUCACUUUGAGCGAACUGAUAAUCUGAGCUUCCAAUUCCGGGACGUAAACGUACCCAAUCCUGCCGCGAAGCUUAUUCUUGAGAGAAGAGAAAGUAAUCUUGAGGAGAGGCAAACCAACACUGAGAGCUAGAUAGACGUUUACCGAUAGGUAUACGUUAAACACAGUCUUUGAAGGAGUACAUUGAAUUAUGUUGAAUUACUUCUGCCUUCCCAGUUACCCAAAAUAGGUAUGCAGUGCCACUGCUGUUAUGACUAUGUAAGAGCUAAAAGAAUAAAAU